AUGCUGUCCAUAAUCCUGACAGUAUGCAUUGCGGUGCUGCUCUAUCUUUACCAUGUCAACCGUGCUAUCAUGGCUGUUCCCGAGGAAGCUCGUCGGACGUGCCCGCACCGCUGGACAGUCGAUGAGAUCAAGGCGGCUUUUGAAAAGGCUGUGGACUCUCCCACCGAUGUAGCCAAAAGUCUUCCUCCGAAGCAACAUCGACGCUAUAUCGUGGUUGGUGGAUCCGGACUCGUUGGAAGCUGGAUAGUAUCGCACCUUCUCAUGCGCGGCGAAAACCCAGCCGCUAUCCGCAUCUUGGAUCUCCAGAGUCCCCGAUCUGAAGUUCUCGAUCGGGGUAUCGCCUUUACCAAGACAAACAUCACCGAUGAGCAGGCCGUCCUGGACGCCUUCUCACAGCCAUGGGCCCCAUCAGUCGCUGAUCUGCCAUUGACCGUAUUCCACAACGCCGCAGUGAUCCGACCCGCAGAACGCCUCAAGGCGUUCCUGCCUCUGUGCCGCAACGUAAACGUCGGGGGUACCGUGAACGUGCUCAACGCCGCCAAGCAAUCCGGCGCAACCUGCAUGAUCGCGACAUCGUCUGGCUCUGUCUGUCUCCGCCGAUUCCCGCUGUGGAUCGCGCCCUGGACAAAGACCCCUGAGUACCUAGUCCAAAUCGUCAACGACUCCAGCGAAGUACCCAAGAAGCACGACGAAUUCUUCGGGAACUACGCCGUCGCCAAAGCAGAAGCCGAGAACAUCGUGCGCGCCGCCGACGACCUCGAAUCCAACUUCCGGACCGGCUGCAUCCGCCCCGUAAACGGGAUCUACGGUGUCUCUGACUCCGCCGGCAGCGUCACAGGAACCUAUCUCCGGAGUGGCGGUAGCCCAACCUGGACCUACGACGUCAUCCACCACUUCGUUAAUGCCGAAAACGUCUCCAUCGCCCACCUGCUCUACGAGCAGCGUCUGGUCGAACACUCGGCGAGCCCCUCCACGCUCCCAGAUAUCGGCGGACAGGCCUUCGCCGUCACAGACCCCAACCCGCCCAAUUCCUUCGACGACGUCUACCUUCUCCUCACGACGUUGGCAAAGACGCCCAUCGCUUUCCCCCAUGUCCCCGUCAUGCUGUUCAUCCUCAUGUCUUAUCCAAUUGAAUGGUACGCCUUCGUGCAGCUGCAGUAUCUCCCCUGGCUUCCGAAGAUCACGGGUGAGCUCGCUCAGUUGCAGCCAGGGCUGUUUGCUAUCUCUAACGCGCAUGUUAUUGGGGAUGACUCGCGCGCGCGCAUGUCUCCUGAGAAGGGUGGGCUUGGGUAUAACCCGCCUAUUACCACGUUGGAGGGAAUGUGUAGGGAGGUCAAGGCGUGGAAUGAGAAGGCGGAGAAGAAGGGUUCUUAA